AGGGAGAGAGAUAGAAGGAGGCAAGGUCGAUGUUAAUACAAAGGACGAUAAUAACAACAACAACAACAAUACCUUUAGCUAAAUAUACACUCCAUUAACCACGAAGACAGUUUGUAAACAUAGAGUAUCAUCCUCAUCCUCAUCCUCAUCAUCUUCAUCUUCAUCUUCAUCCUCAUCACACUUUUACAGAUUGUGUAGUUAAACUGAUAACCGGUGUUGAAACUGUUACCCAAUAACUUUAAUCAUCUUUUUACCUUAAUUGUUACCGUUGAUUAAAUUCACCAACUUGAGUUUUACCCAUCAAAUUGAUUAGGAUUUUGAACUGUUUUUUUAUUUGUCGUCGUUGUUUUUACAACAAUCAACAAAUUGUUCAACACUUACAUAGACAAUAAUCAGCAAAUCAAAUUAAAAGGUGAUAAACAAUUUAAAACAACCAAACAAUUUUUAUUGUACACACAAUCAGUUAAUUGUUUAACUCAUCAUCAAACAGUCAACAUCACCACAAGUUUAAUUGUGUCUUGGUAAUCAGUUAAUUAUAUUUAUUAUUUUCGAGUUAAUAUUUUUUAUUAAUAACAUUUUCCGUCUUGAAGUUAAUUAUUUUUCACUUAAUUGUUGAUUCUAUAAUCACCCUAAUGAUUAACGGUCAAGUUAAUUAUCUCAACAUUUUCAUUUAUAAUUUAAUUCAAUAUUUUGUUAUGAUCAAUUUACUUUCUCUAAUCAAAGUUGAUUGUAGUCAAAAUGAGAGGCGAUUACUUCAAGAUUUACUCAACAGUUACGAUCCAUUGGAAAGGCCGGUCAACAAUGAGACCGACACAUUGGUGGUCACUUUGGGCAUUACCUAUCAACAGAUAAUUAAAUUAAAUGAGAAGGAGCAAUUACUUGUCAGCAAUAUUUGGCUUCAAAUGUCUUGGACUGAUAUCAAUUUAACUUGGAACGCAUCUAAUUAUGGUGGACUGACCAGUCUUCGGAUACCUUCAAGUAAAAUAUGGAAACCUGACCUUCUACUAUAUAAUAGCGCUGAUCCACGUUUUGAUAGCACUUAUCCAACCAAUGUUGUCGUCCAAUCAAAUGGGUCAACCUUUUAUAUGCCCCCAGGGGUUUUCACAUCUACCUGUAAAAUUGAUAUUACCUGGUUUCCAUUUGAUGAUCAACUUUGUAAACUUAAAUUUGGCUCUUGGUCUUAUGAUAUGAGUCAAGUUGAUCUUGAUGUUAUCGGUACUCAAGGUGAUCUAUCAACAUACAUUGAGAACGGUGAAUGGAUUUUAUUAGGUAUUCCUGGUCGUCGUAACGAAGUCCUUUACCGAUGCUGUGCUGACCCAUUUUCCGACGUAACUUACACCAUUCAUAUAAGACGACGAACACUUUAUUAUGGAAUUAACUUAAUCAUUCCCUGUUUAAUUAUCUCAUCAAUGACACUUCUUGGUUUCACUUUACCUCCCGAUUCAGGUGAAAAACUGACCCUUGGAGUGACCAUUUUACUCUCCAUGACCGUAUUCCUAUUACAAUUAACCGAAACUCUACCUGCAACCUCUGAUACUGUUUCAGCAAUCGCAACUUAUUUCGCAAGUAUAAUGUUAAUGGUUGCCUUUUCUGUCGUAAUGACUGUGGUUGUAUUAAAUUUUCAUUAUAAAUCAUCCGAAGCUCAUGAACUUAAUCCAAUGUUGAAAAAACUCAUCUUACAUUGGUUAGCAUUCAUCUUGGGAGUGAAGAGACCGAGAUCAGUUAAACAACCCAACACAACGUCAACCUCACCGCCGACCCACCGGUUCACCUCAAAGGUUUACUCAAUCAACCGAGAUGAUUUACCAAUUAAUACAACAUCAUUAUCAUCCCCACCUUCACCUAAUCAUAAUCAUCACCAUCAUCAUCAUGUUAAUCACAAUCAACAUCAUCAACAAUAUUGCUCUGAAUGUGGUUACCAUCAAAACUUAAUUACGGGUUUAAGUCCAUUCUCAUCAUCAAAUCAUCCUAAUCAUCAGCUCAGCUCAGCUCAUCAAAUAUUAUCAUCUAACAAUGUUAACAAUAGUUUACCUAAUUUAAUUAAUCAUCAUCAUAAUCAAAUGAUGAUGUGUAUCUCUUGCCGUAAAUCAUUAUUAUCACAUUCUGGUGGAGGAGGUGGUGGUGGGAUUAAUGGUGGUGUAGUUAAUUGUGACGAUGAAGAUGAUUGUAUACGAGCAGAAAAUGAUGAUAAACUAUCUCAUCUUCAUCAUCAUUGUGAUCAUAAUAAUUAUCAUGGUUUCCAUAAUAAUAAUAAUGAUGAGGAAAAUAAUAUCUUCCAUCAUCAUCAUCCUUCAUCUUCAUCACCCCCUCAUAUUUUACCUCCUCCUCCUCCACCACCACCUCUGAAAACUUCAUCCCACUGUGCCUGUCAUGGUAAACAAUUGGAUGAUAUUUUAAAUGAGAUUCAAUUCAUGACAAACCGGAUCCGGAAAGAGGAUCACGUAAUUGAAAUUCUCGAUGAUUGGAAAUUUGCUGCAAUUGUAAUUGAUAGACUUUGUUUUGUAAUGUUUUCAACCUUUUCAAUAAUAUCAUCAUCGAUAUGUUUCAUGUCAGCUCCUCAUUUGAUUGUCUAAUUACCUUAAAUCAACACAAUUAACUAAUAUAACAAUCAAUUUGAAUAACAAGAGAAAUCAAAACAAAGCAUUAAACUCAAAUUGAAACUAUCGAAACUUUUUUUCCCUUUCAUUUGUAAUAAUCAACGUUCAAUCUUAUGCAACAACAAAUUUCAAGUGAAUUAAAAUGAUGAAAAUUCCCAGCAACAA